AUGUCUUCUGAAGAGCUACCAAUGAAAACCGACUCAGACGGUGGAGAUGAUCAUAAAGAUUCGAACAAAGUGUUUACAAUCACGCGAACAAAAGCAAUCGUGCUGGUUGUUAUUGUGAUCGUUCUUAUCAUCUUUGUUGGAGUGUUGUCGGGAAUUUUGAGCGCUAGGCAGGCACGAAAAGAUGCAUUGGAGGAAAGAAAGGAAAGAGAGAAAGUGAGAGCUACCGACGAGCCUACAUCGAUAACGAUGGCGCCCACUGAACCAACUGGACCUGAGCCGUGGUAUCAAGUCAGGCUACCGCAAAAUAUUCUUCCCAUCCACUACGACUUUUAUCUAGAUCCCGACCUUGAGAAAAAUACUUUUAAAGGAAAUGUCUCCGUCUUGAUCGAUGUAACUGCAAAAUCAGCAUACAUGUCUUUCAUACUCAUUCACAUCAACGACAUGAAUGUGACUCGAGCAAAAGUUUUUAAGCGUGCUGUAGAUGCAGAACCGAACACAGCUUCCCCAGGCGAUGAAUUGGCACUGAAGAGGGUCUUCGUAUACCCCAAAAAUGAUUUCUUUGUUUUCGAGCUGGAGAAAGACCUUGAAAUUGGGCAGUAUGUGCUGGAUAUGGCCUAUAAUUCCACAUUUUCAAGUCAACUAAAUGGCCUGUACAUAAGCACCUACGAGAAUGAAAACAAUGAAACAAGGUAGGUAUUUGCUUCCGUGUGAGAUUACUCUUUUACACACUGCAUUCCGACAUUGUCACGAUUACUCUUGCAGAACACAGUGACAGAUGGGUGUGGGGUGGGGGGCGGUGUGAUUCGGAGGAACCGAAGGGGGACUGAGAUAGAUAGGAAAGAGGGUCCAUGGAUACCCAAGGGACCCCAACUCAUACAUCCACACCUGGAUUAUCAGAGUGUGCUGCAUUACAGGGAGGUACCAACAAAAUCCAAGGACAUCAGGAGAUGAUGGGGUAGGAGCUCUACUAAAAAGAAACAUGAAUGAAAGUUUAGUCAGGUAAUGGACAGGUUAAAGGCUCCAAAAAGUAUCAAGGCAGUGGAGAGGGGCUGGCAGUAAAAUUUUCUUUGUGGUUCCUCCCACAUUCUUAAUUAAGGCUUCAAACAGACUACUGUAUAUUAAAGUCCAACCCGCCAAAUGCUAUUGCAUCAAAGGGACAGAACCAAGUUUCCACAUCACCAGCCUGUGAAAACAGCCUUCUGCUGCUAGGGAUGUUUCGCCAGGAGAGACGUCUGUGGCUAAGCUACAGGCAGAAAUUCCACAGUAAGAGGAAAAUCAAUGUUUACAUAAUUAAUCCAGUAGUUACGGGGUUCCAAAAUAAUGUAAAUUUGUUUGAUUUUAUGUGUCUCUUGGUCGAUUAUGGCAAAGUUUUGUUUUCUUCUCCAAUGAGCUCCAGCUAACUUGAAUGCUUCUUCUCAAGAAGAAUAUAUUCCACGGAUUUCAUUGCGUUUACAUUUUAUCUUAAAAUUGUGACCAUUUGUCUUUCGUCUGUCAUUCGUAAUAAUGUAGCAAAAACAAUUUAACUACCAUGUCAACCAAUCAGAGCUCCUGACCAGAUUCCGACAGAUUUUAUGUCAUCUAUAUGGAAUUUCUGUCACUGGGGCACAGAUGCCCCUCCUGGCGAAAUGUCCCUAGCAGCGAGGAGCAAGAAAAGGUGGCUAUUUUCGUCGGCUACCUCAUAACAGAGGUGUUUAUAUUAUAGAGGGCUUGGAUUUUAUGAAGUUUGGCAUCUUUGUGACCGACAGAGCUAUUAGGCAGGAGUCCACACUAUAAAAAUUAGCGUCCCUUUGUGCCGGAUCCAGACCUUGAGAUAAGGGUAAGGGGGGGAGGAGGUCUCCAAAAAACUUUUUUUGGCCCUUGUGGCCUCAGUUUGGUCGAAAAAUAAGGGGGUGACCCCAGACCCCCCAGGCCCCUCCCCCGGAUUCACCACUGUCGCUAAGAGGGGUUUGACUGUACCUACAUCACUUUUCACUUGUAAACUUGCAGCAAGUUCUCAACUGAACUGGUUAAUGAUAUAUUGUUGCAGACGUCUUGCGACCACAAAAUUUGAGCCAACAGAUGCCAGAAAGGCCCUCCCCUGUUUUGAUGAACCUGAGAUGAAAGCUACAUUUUCAACUGUGAUUGUUCAUGAUAAAGACUACACAGCUCUGUCAAAUAUGCCUGAAGAAAGAUCUGAAAAUUUGCCAAAUGGAAGAGUAGCUUCAUAUUUUAUGAGGUCUGUUCCGAUGUCCACUUAUCUACUGGCAUUUAUUGUCUGUGAUUUCAAGUACACAAAUACAACUACUGGAGUAUUUAAUAACAUAACAGUAAGUCCAAACAGUUCUUAUUUGGAGAUUACAAUUAUUUGGCCUAGUGUUCUUACCAGGGUUUUCUACACUGGGGUCCACAUGACCCAUAGAGAUCGCUGAAAGGGGGUCAUGAGGGAGAAAAGCGGGUCACAAUUUUUAGAUACAGCUAACUCAACUGAUUGGGUGUUUUCUAAAGAUGCCACAACCAAUUAAAUUUUGGCUUAUAUUAUAGGAAAAUUUACGUAUGUGUAUGGUUGUUUAUGACAUUUUGUUUUCCUUCUUUGCACCCUUGUGAUAGCCUGAGGGGCAUCCGAUUACUUCGAGUCAUUAUUACUCCCUCACUAACGUCUGAAUCGACCGGCCGUUAAUACCAUCCAGUGACGUCACUACUCCUUGCCCUUUGCCUUAAUUCAUGCAAAAAGUAAAACAUGAUUUUCAAGUGGCAAACCAAGAAAUAUCGUUUGGAAAAUUCUGCAUGAUACAUAACUGCUUUAUUUUUUUCGAUUGUAAUUCAUGUUUAACGUUCAAACUAUCAACUGCAUGCAGUACAACUCUGAACCGGUUGUACUAAAUUCUAUAAUCAAACUCGCAAUCACGCAAUGAAAUAAACGCACACGUGGAACACUUAGUUCAAAAACACAAUGAUUUGCUUUAAUCGAAAAGAUGCAAUUUGGUCCUUAACAAAGAAAAAAAACAAGGAGACAAGAAAGAAAAGCUAACAGAAUCAUUACACUUGACGGUAAAAAUAGCAAGAAGGUCGAAUUAUAACAUUGAUCUCAGAAAACUUCGCGUAAACAAAAUCACCGGUCGCCGUAACCACAAAGCGGCUCUAAAUGAAAAACCUACCGAUUCUCCGCAAUGAUUCUUCAUUCACAGUUCAAUUUAGCAUUUCAGUGUCGAAGACAAGGGCAAUUUUGCUGUUUAAGAUAAAGAUUAAGCUUAUCGAAAUGUUUGAACUAAACGAAAGAAUGCCAGGGAUGCGAUCCGCUGAAUUUUUUCAUAAUUAUACAUCAUUAUGCAAAUGUUUAGACAAUCAACCAAUCAAAAUCACUACCCGGUUUUCGGGUAGUGAGUGACGUCAAUGGACGGCAUUAACGGCUGGUCAAUUCAGACGUUGUUGAGAGGAGAAAACGACUCGAAGCAAUCGGAUGAAAUUCAGGCUACCCUUGUGACCCCUUGGGCUAAUAAUAAGAGUGCGACAUUUCCCAAAAAGGGUGGUAUUGCCCCAGUGCCGUGGUCUGGUAUUAGAACACUGAUGGCCCCAUUCACCAUUUCUUUAUGUAAACUGCUAUUUGGGAAUCCUGGGUUAGGUUCCUCAGGAAUUUGUAGAUUUUAAGGUUGAAAGGACGUAUUUAAUCGAACUUCAGGCCAGUUUAACUUUACAGUUCCUCAGACAAUUCUGGCUAGCUUUUUUUGGCUAGGUUUCUUUCUUAGAACAAAGUCACCCUGCUACAGCUAGAGGAGAGCAAUCUUCCUUAUAAAACCUAUAUAUUAAUCUACAGAGCCAAGGGGGGGGGGGUACUCCUUAUAUAAAAUAACGUACAUUGGGAGGCUGUUCUCGACAGGGGUACCUUUUUCACUAGGCUUCAAAAACAGUAUAAUAAAAGGGUAAGGGUUGGACCUCAUGGAACAAUCUCCCCGCUUAAUUUUUUUAGGGGGAGGGGGUACCACUCCCCUGUAGGCUACAGAGGCUCAAGUCCUCCUGACCUGUGCAAGAAACCUUGACGUUAUUAAAUCAGUUAUUAAGAAGAACCCUUUUUUGGUUGGGUAUUUUGUUGUGCAAGUUUUUUGCAAGGACCUUGUGGGGGUUACCAGAGGACUAUAGACUAAAAUUCUGCCUUAACAGUAUAGGUUUAAGGUUGAUGUAUCAAAAAAUGUCAAGAAAAGAAUCCAGUGACACUUCUAUUGGGUUACUAUAUGUUUAUGGACUCUUUUUUGGGACUGGCUAUAUAAUAUAUCCUCACAGGAGCUUUUUUGGGUUUAACAGUUUGGCAUCAUUUGCACUGCCAAUUUUGUCACUGUAACGGAGUGUACACUGUUACCUGUCCUGUCCCCUGCUCAGGCUCUGUAAAAAAAUAAAUCCAUACAACAAUGUUUGUUCCUUUCUACCUUACCUGAGUCAUUUCUCAGCAAUGCUUAUAUCGGGUUUAUAAUCUUUUGAAGCACCAUGCAUCUACGCACCAAAAUGGGUAGAAGUUGUUUUUCAUAAAAUGAGGACGUUUCAUCAUGGACUAUUUUAUUAUUAUUAUUAUUAUUAUUAUUAUUAUUAUUAUUUACAAAAAAUGAUAAAAUAAUAACAACUACAUGUUCUUUUAACUAUUCGUCAUUGACUAUUAUUUAAUGCAUAUUUUAUUGCAGCUCAGAGUGUGGACCACUCCCGCUCAGGUUAACCAAACUAAGUAUGCACUGGGUGUUGGCAAGGAUAUCAUUACAUACUAUGAGCAAUACUAUAACCUGGGUUAUCCACUUCCCAAGCAGGGUGAGUAGUGCAGUAAUACACUUUCUUGGCCAGUUAGCUGAAGAAUAAAUUUUAAAGUGUUCUUGAUUUAUUUUAUUUAAUGCAGUGGCAUAACUGUAAAUUAGCUGGUGAACUUUUCUUUUAAACUAAUCGAUAUGGAUCUGGACAAUCUGCAAGCCAGCGAGCCAUGCGAGCCAUGGGAAAAAGUAGAGUUUUAUGGAAUUGUAAAUUCAUGAAAAAUUUUCCUGCUUAAUUAAUUAACUGAUUAGGGUAAGUGCUCAUUUUACUGACUUGCUUUAUGUAUUAACGUUGAGCGCUGUUUAGAGUUAAAAAUUUUUUUACGGAUAUUAAGGACUAAGCACUUUUUGGCGUUAAACACUCUUUUUCAACAGUUAAUGCUUUUGGUUAUUUUUUUUCCUAUUACUUGCUUUUUCUAUUUUUCUCUCGCAUGGCGUGCAUGGCUCACUCAGCACUGUGUCCUGACUCAUCCAUAUAGCUACGUGUAUGUUCCACUUUAAAUAAAUUAUUGUAUUGUAUUUUGGUUGACACAAAUCCCUACAUUAGACCACCUUAUUAAUGUAGUCUCCUCCUUUUUCCUGGCCCAAAUGCAUGUCAAGUUCUCCAGUAAUUUUUUCUCCAAGUGCUAAGAUAUAUAAAUGAGCUAAAAAUACAUUUAACUAAAAUUAAAGUUAAAAUAUUUAAAAAAUUACAUUAAAAAAAUACGUAUAUAAUGGUUUUGAGGUAAACCAAAUAUGUUUAUUUCACUUUUCAACUUGUCUUGCUUAAAUAUUAAGGAGCAAGAUAUUCUUUGGAGUUAAUUUCUACGUUUUCUCCACUUAUUGAUGGGAAUAAAGAAUACUGCUUUCUUGAAACUUGUUUACAAUGACCCAUAGAGAUCGCUGAAAGGGGGUCAUGAGGGAGAAAAGCGGGUCACAAUUUUUAGAUACAGCUAACUCAACUGAUUGGGUGUUUUCUAAAGAUGCCACAACCAAUUAAAUUUUGGCUUAUAUUAUAAGGAAAAUUUACGUAUGUGUAUGGUUGUUUAUGACAUUUUGUUUUCCUUCUUUGCACCCUUGUGAUAGCCUGAGGGGCAUCCGAUUACUUCGAGUCAUUAUUACUUCCUCGUUAACGUCUGAAUCGACCGGCCGUUAAUACCAUCCAGUGACGUCACUACUCCUUACCCUUUGCUUUAAUUCAUGCAAAAAGUAAAACAUGAUUUUCAAGUGGCAAACCAAGAAAUAUCGUUUGGAAAUGUCUGCAUGAUACAUAACUGCUUUAUUUUUUUCGAUUGUAAUUCAUGUUUAACGUUCAAACUAUCAACUGCAUGCAGUACAACUCUGAACCGGUUGUACUAAAUUCUAUAAUCAAACUCGCAAUCACGUAAUGAAAUAAACGCACACAUGGAACACUUAGUUCAAAAACACAAUGAUUUGCUUUAAUCGAAAAGAUGCAAUUUGGUCCUUAACGAAGAAAAAAAACAAGGAGACAAGAAAGAAAAGCUCACAGAAUCAUUACACUUGACGGUAAAAAUAGCAAGAAGGUCGAAUUAUAACAUUGAUCUCAGAAAACUUCGCGUAAACAAAAUCACCGGUCGCUGUAACCACAAAGCGGCUCUAAAUGAAAAACCUACCGAUUCUCCGCAAUGAUUCUUCAUUCGCAGUUCAAUUUAGCAUUUCAGUGUCGAAGACAAGGGCAAUUUUGCUGUUUAAGAUAAAGAUUAAGCUUAUCGAAAUGUUUGAACUAAACGAAAGAAUGCCAGGGAUGCGAUCCGCUGAAUAUUAAGUGACAAUUCCGCGAAAAUUCUUCAUAAUUAUACAUAAUUAUGCAAAUGUUUAGACAAUCAACCAAUCAAAAUCACUACCCGGUUUUCGGGUAGUGAGUGACGUCAAUGGACGGCAUUUUAAACGGCCAGUCGAUUCAGACGUUGUUGAGGGGAGAAAACGACUCAAAGCAAUCGGAUGAAAUUCAGGCUACCCUUGUGACCCCUUGGGCUAAUAAUAAGAGUGCGGCAUUUCCCAAAAAGGGUGGUAUUGCCCCAGUGCCGUGGUCUGGUAUUAGAACACUGAUGGCCCCAUUCACCAUUUCUUUAUGUAAACUGCUAUUUGGGAAUCCUGGGUUAGGUUCCUCAGGAAUUUGUAGAUUUUAAGGUUGAAAGGACGUAUUUAAUCGAACUUCAGGCCAGUUUAACUUUGCAGUUCCUCAGACGAUUCUGGCUAGCUUUUUUUGGCUAGGUUUCUUUCUUAGAACAAAGUCACCCUGCUACAGCUAGAGGAGAGCAAUCUUCCUUAUAAAACCUAUAAAUUAAUCUACAGAGCCAAGGGGGGGGGGGUACUCCUUAUAUAAAAUAACGUACAUUGGGAGGCUGUUCUCGACAGGGGUACCUUUUUCACUAGGCUUCAAAAACAGUAUAAUAAAAGGGUAAGGGUUGGACCUCAUGGAACAAUCUCCCCGCUUAAUUUUUUUGGGGGGAGGGGGUACCACUCCCCUGUAGGCUACAGAGGCUCAAGUCCUCCUGACCUGUGCAAGAAACCUUGACGUUAUUAAAUCAGUUAUUAAGAAGAACCCUUUUUUAGUUGGGUAUUUUGUUGUGCAAGUUUUUUGCAAGGACCUUGUGGGGGUUACCAGAGGACUAUAGACUAAAAUUCUGCCUUAACAGUAUAGGUUUAAGGUUGAUGCAUCAAAAAAUGUCAAGAAAAGAAUCCAGUGACACUUCUAUUGGGUUACUAUAUAUGUUUAUGGACUCUUUUUUGGGACUGGCUAUAUAAUAUAUCCUCACAGGAGCUUUUUUGGGUUUAACAGUUUGGCAUCAUUUGCACUGCCAAUUUUGUCACUGUAACGGAGUGUACACUGUUACCUGUCCUGUCCCCUGCUCGGGCUCUGUAAAAAAAUAAAUCCAUACAACAAUGUUUGUUCCUUUCUACCUUACCUGAGUCAUUUCUCAGCAAUGCUUAUAUCGGGUUUAUAAUCUUUUGAAGCACCAUGCAUCUACGCACCAAAAUGGGUAGAAGUUGUUUUUCAUAAAAUGAGGACGUUUCAUCAUGGACUAUUUUAUUAUUAUUAUUAUUAUUAUUAUUAUUAUUAUUAUUAUUAUUAUUAUUAUUAUUAUUUACAAAAAAUGAUAAAAUAAUAACAACUACAUGUUCUUUUAACUAUUCGUCAUUGACUAUUAUUUAAUGCAUAUUUUAUUGCAGCUCAGAGUGUGGACCACUCCCGCUCAGGUUAACCAAACUAAGUAUGCACUGGGUGUUGGCAAGGAUAUCAUUACAUACUAUGAGCAAUACUAUAACCUGGGUUAUCCACUUCCCAAGCAGGGUGAGUAGUGCAGUAAUACACUUUCUUGGCCAGUUAGCUGAAGAAUAAAUUUUAAAGUGUUCUUGAUUUAUUUUAUUUAAUGCAGUGGCAUAACUGUAAAUUAGCUGGUGAACUUUUCUUUUAAACUAAUCGAUAUGGAUCUGGACAAUCUGCAAGCCAGCGAGCCAUGCGAGCCAUGGGAAAAAGUAGAGUUUUAUGGAAUUGUAAAUUCAUGAAAAAUUUUCCUGCUUAAUUAAUUAACUGAUUAGGGUAAGUGCUCAUUUUACUGACUUGCUUUAUGUAUUAACGUUGAGCGCUGUUUAGAGUUAAAAAUUUUUUUACGGAUAUUAAGGACUAAGCACUUUUUGGCGUUAAACACUCUUUUUCAACAGUUAAUGCUUUUGGUUAUUUUUUUUCCUAUUACUUGCUUUUUCUAUUUUUCUCUCGCAUGGCGUGCAUGGCUCACUCAGCACUGUGUCCUGACUCAUCCAUAUAGCUACGUGUAUGUUCCACUUUAAAUAAAUUAUUGUAUUGUAUUUUGGUUGACACAAAUCCCUACAUUAGACCACCUUAUUAAUGUAGUCUCCUCCUUUUUCCUGGCCCAAAUGCAUGUCAAGUUCUCCAGCAAUUUUUUCUCCAAGUGCUAAGAUAUAUAAAUGAGCUAAAAAUACAUUUAACUAAAAUUAAAGUUAAAAUAUUUAAAAAAUUACAUUAAAAAAAUACGUAUAUAAUGGUUUUGAGGUAAACCAAAUAUGUUUAUUUCACUUUUCAACUUGUCUUGCUUAAAUAUUAAGGAGCAAGAUAUUCUUUGGAGUUAAUUUCUACGUUUUCUCCACUUAUUGAUGGGAAUAAAGAAUACUGCUUUCUUGAAACUUGUUUACAAGGUGUACAUGCAAAUAUUGAGCAUUCAUGUAAUAUGUGUGAUAUCCACCGGAUUCAUUAGUUAUAGUAAUAUUUGUCAUUAAAUUAUGUGACACAAUUCUGCAGCCCAAAUGACCAAAUUUUCAAAACCCAACAGCUUUUAUGUUAACAAGAAUAACCUUUUACAAUUAAUGAAAGUAGUAUAUUAAUUAUAAGCAAUUAUUUUAUGAAGUGUACUUGUUAACUGUUUACCUGUGUAUAAUUGUAAAUAUUAGAAAACUCACCCAAAUACCGGUACAUGUAUAUAACAAAUUUUAUUUAGACAUGAUUGCCAUCCCUGAUUUCUCGUCUGGAGCCAUGGAAAACUGGGGAUUGAUCACAUAUCGUGAGACAGCAUUACUAUUCAAUGAAGGUGUAUCCUCUGAAAGCAAUAAACAGAGGGUUGCUACUGUGGUUUCACAUGAACUGGCUCAUCAGGUAUGGAACAAAAAACAUUAUAUAUAUACAAAAAAUUAUAAGAUUUGAUCAUUUUUCAGGAGUUUCAUUAAUUUUUUUUUCAAAUUUAAGCUGCCAAUAGACUAUAGUGAAUUAGUAGUAGCAGUGAGUAAGGCCCUCUGGGGGAAUUUGCUCCUCAGAAAAUUCAACAUCUAAUGCUUGGAAAUGCUAUUUUAUGUAUUUAUUUAUGAGCAUCAAAUAGAUGAUUACUAUUGUUUGGAAAAGAAAAUUCCACAUUUUGUAGUGGCUAAAAUUUUUCUUAGGAAUUAGUAAAAAUAAAGAGGGAAUGGGAAGAAAGAUAAGUGAAGAAGUGGUAUGAUAAUAUAAGGUAACAAUUUUUAUGAAUAAUGGUAAUAAAUUGUACUGAGUCAUUGAUUUUGUUACCUCUGGGUCCUGUGUCCUCGACGCAUAAAAAUCCCCAAAGACCCAAAAUAAUUCAUGGCAUGCAUCCCGUAGAUAUAGGAUGCAAAGAUCGAUUGAUCAAUCUGAACUAGACUGCAAAACAGUCCGUAUAUUGGGGUAUUCAAGUACCCACGGACAGUCAAACAAAAGGUCUGGAACGAGGCUGAAAACAGAGAGUGAGACGGAGGAGUGUGUGAAACUCUAGCUCUUCGUGCGUGAGACUCUUUCACUAUUCUUACGCUUUUGAGAAAAAAAAUGACUAUUUUGCAGUCUAGAUCUGAACACAUGUAUUUGAAGAAAUGUCACUGACCGGCCUGUUCGUGUAAUUUUUGUGGCAGUUAUUAUGGCUGUUGUUUAACAAUGCAUUUGCCUUUAAUACAGAGUUUUGCAGGCUGUCUUCAGAUUAACUGACUGCAGGUUGCAUAAAGGAAGCUUAAGAUGAAUCUCAGGACUCACCAUAACUAUUUUUAACAAAAUCACUGCUCAGUGGAAUCCCUAAUUCACUCUGUAAUUAUACAUGAGUGAUUAUCAAACUCAUUAAUAAUUCAUACAGAAAAUACAAAGCAGUUCGUUAAAAAUACUCCACUGCACGUCAUAUUUUCAACUAUCUUCUCAGUGUUUCAUCUGGUGAUGAAACACUGUGUUGAACGUCUCACGCUUGAUAUAUUACUUAUAAACAAUAUUGGAACACCACCUAUAGGGUUGCCAAAAGUAGCCGCCUGCCAGCGAAAAUCGCUGCCUACUUGGUUAGUAUCAGAUGACAUACAGAUGACAUUUUUUGAAUAAAAUAUCCCUGGACUGGCUGCUUACUGUGACAACUCAGCCAUCUAUUGGCCAUUUCGGAGUUGCGUAGGGACCUGGGGCAAGUUUCAAAUUUAUUUAAACUAAUCGAUAAACUGACACACCAUAUAAAAGGUCAUGUUGAGAUUGGUUAUUUGACCAACUUUAAUUGGUGCUCUAAAGUUGAACAGGGAUCGAGUCAUAACUCUUGAAACAUGGUUAAAGAUCCAUAUUUUGUUACAGCAUCCCCCAAAACCAUAUAAACACUUAAUUUUUUUUUCACAAUUUCUGUGUUCUGAAAAUAGGCAAAUACAUAGUGAUUUUCUAAUUAGUUCCUUCCAAGUAGAAAAUGCAUGACGAAUUUUACAGUUUAACAGAAAAACUGAAAAAUAUUUUAAAGAGUUUAUGAGGUUUUGGGGGGAUGCUGUCACAAAAUUACAGACGUUUGUACGUAUCUUUAACCAUGUUACAAGAGUCAUAACUUGAUGCCUGUUCAACUUUGGAGCACCAAACUUGGUCAAAUAACCAAUCUCAACAUGACCUUUUAUAUGGUGCUGUCAGUUUAUCGAUUAGUUUAAAUUUGAAACUUGCCCCAGUUCCCUACGCAACUCCGAAAUGGCCAAUAACUUCAAAGCUUUCUGACAACCCUGCACAGUUCAUGUAGCUAGUGGGAGUCUAAUUAGCUUAAUCAUGAGUAUGAUUGCUGGUACACACAGAAUUAUAAGACACACAAAAAAAUUGAGAUAGCAGUUGGUGUGAUAAUCUCAACAUUUGUUCAAUCAAAACAGAAGUUAAGAUCUCUAGAGAGUUUUUUACUUUUAAACACGAGGGAAAAAGAACACAUUCAAAAGCAACUGUCCCACCGAAUUACUUAGGGGUGACAUGUGCUGACGGUUCCAGCCAAAAUCUGGCUGCCAAUAGCCAGUCAGAUUGGAGAAUUUGUGUUACAGUUNGCUGUCACAAAAUUACAGACGUUUGUACGUAUCUUUAACCAUGUUACAAGAGUCAUAACUUGAUGCCUGUUCAACUUUGGAGCACCAAACUUGGUCAAAUAACCAAUCUCAACAUGACCUUUUAUAUGGUGCUGUCAGUUUAUCGAUUAGUUUAAAUUUGAAACUUGCCCCAGUUCCCUACGCAACUCCGAAAUGGCCAAUAACUUCAAAGCUUUCUGACAACCCUGCACAGUUCAUGUAGCUAGUGGGAGUCUAAUUAGCUUAAUCAUGAGUAUGAUUGCUGGUACACACAGAAUUAUAAGACACACAAAAAAAAUUGAGAUAGUAGUUGGUGUGAUAAUCUCAACAUUUGUUCAAUCAAAACAGAAGUUAAGAUCUGUAGAGAGUUUUUUACUUUUAAACACGAGGGAAAAAGAACACAUUCAAAAGCAACUGUCCCACCAAAUUACUUAGGGGUGACAUGUGCUGACAGUUCCAGCCAAAAUCUGGCUGCCAAUAGCCAGUCAGAUUGGAGAAUUUGUGUUACAGUUAUGAUCAUUGCAAAAAUGUAAAACAGGAAUAAUACAAAAAGUAGAAAAUUAAUUCACACAAGUAAGAAUCCCCUCCUCUAGUUCUGUUACAAACACUGGUCAUAUAUGGCCUGAAGUUAAUAAUGUGUCAACUUAUUUUGAGCUAAACUUGGAAAACCUCCUCAUGAAACACCCCUUGUAUUGUUUUUUUAUAACCUUGAAAGCUGUAAUUCAGUACUAGCUGCAUUUUGCUGUGUCAGUCUUUCAUCAUAAAUUAUAAGUAAUUUUUAAAAACUUUGUAGUGGUUUGGAAACAUUGUCUCUCCCAAGUGGUGGAAUGACUUGUGGUUGAAUGAAGGAUUUGCCAGUUUUGUGGAGUAUCUUGGAGUGAACUACACCCACCCGGACUGGCAAAUGGUGAGCAUAGUGGUAGCUGUAAUCUCCCAUACUAGUCAAAUAUAGGGAGCUAUGGCAACUAUGACGGCAGUGGCAAGGAGAACGUCAAAAAAGCAAUGGGCUUGUUAAGCAACAAAUUACAAAAACUUUGCAUGUGCAGCACACUUUUUUGUACAUUUCUUUGCCAUCCCUGCACGACUACAAUGUGAAAAUGCCUAGUAAUUUCAUGCUUUAUGGAGGAUGGAAACAAGCAGUGACUGAAGUUUUCUUUCGCUUAAUUGGGGUCCCUAAGAAAUUAUUUUAAAAUUUGCUACAUUGGACAUUUUCAGCGAAAUAUGGGGAUAAAAGUGACAUUAUAUACUUUGUAAAAAUGCUAAUUCAAUUUAAAAGUAACAUUUUUGUUGCAGUUGCCAUCAUGAGUGUUAAAGUUCCGUAUUGCUAAUAAGCGCAAUGUACAUCUGUCUCUUCUUACAACAUAAGUACAGUCGAAAUUUUAUUGUUUGGACCAUGACAAUAUCUGCAUGUCUUUUCCUCCACAAGAUUUUCAUGAGAAUUUUUCAAGUCAAUAUAUUUUCAUGAUAUUUUGCCUUUUUCUCUGGCUCAUUCUUUUAUGGUUUGAAAGAUCUCUUCACCCUGCUCCACAUUAGCUGACGAAGUUGUCCUUGAACAUUGAAACUGGUGACAUCACAAGCGGUAGAAUUGAUGUGGAUCUGCAUGGGUGGUUCAGGGGCUUAUGGCAAUGGAGUGGCCAGAUUUGGUUCCAUUGUUGUUAUGAUCAAAAUUGGAUUUUCUCAGAAAACGUGGUACUUUACAUUGCUCGGCCGUUCACUCUUGGGAAUUGUGCCAAAAAUCACCUUUCACAGCUCGUCAAGCUGUUUUGUGGUCACUGUCUGGUUGUAAUGAACCAAAACUACCAAGGUGGCUCAGGGGCAAAUAGGUUAACAUAAGAAACCUGAAUAACAAAACAUACUUAAAAUAUAUGAAAACCAUUUUUUAAAAAAACAAAAAUGAGGCCUCUAAAGUAUACUGGAGCUGUAACUCAGCAACGUUAGCUGCUUUAACCAAGCUCAUCACCUACAAGUUAGUCAAUUACAGGUAAUUAUAACAGCAGACCUGUACACCAAUAAUAUAAGGUGUGACUUAAUUUUUGGUUGUGAUGUUCAUUUUUUGUGUGUUAACUUUACAGAUGGAAGCAUUCCUCCUUUAUGAUCUUCAGAAUGUUUUCCCAUUGGAUUCAUUAGCAAGUUCUCAUCCUAUAUCUGUUGAAGUUGAUCAUCCUAAAAAGAUCAAACAGUUAUUUGAUAGAAUUUCAUAUAGCAAGGUAUAGUUGUUAAAGUUUUAAUAAGAAGCUAGUUUUUAUAUAGACUGUGAGCAGUCUUUUAUUUUUGUUUUGAGAUAGAUUGGGAGUGAUUCUGAGGGGCAAGCAGCAAAUUAAAGCGGCAAGGAACAAGGGCGGAAGCCCAUGCCAAGCCCUUCUCUGCCCUAAUUUCUCCUCCUUUUAACCAUAUAUUUGCAUAAUUCUACUUUUUCUCUUGCCGCCCUUGGCUCUGGAAAGAAGGACAACCACUUGGGGUUUUGUUUUGCUAUGUAACUACCCUGGAUUUCUGCCUCUUUCCUGCAUCCAGUCCUCCUGCACAAUGACUGGUAAUCAAGCCUUUUCUAGUGUAUUUCUACAUUUAUUGUAAUAAUUAAAGGUUUAUGAAAUUUUAUAGACAUAUAUUUCCUAAUUUUUAUUAUUGCAGGGUUCCUCCAUUAUUCGGAUGCUUGAAGGUUUUGUUGGCAGGGAAAAGUUCAAGGAGGGACUUAGUGUAUGUAUAAUUUGUGAAAAACUAGUAUAUAAAUUUGUUAUUUAGCCAUUUUUUUAUUAGAUCUGAAUUUAAUUAAUUGAAUUUUUUUAAAUUUAGAAGUUUAUUUUACCUUUUGUUAAUACAUACAGUAUUAUUUGAGGAAGUAUGCCUUUAAGAAUGCCGAAACCAAAGACCUUUGGAAUGCCUUGGGAGAGGUAAGUAGAAUAACGGAAUGUCAGCAGUUAUCAUGAUAAUCAACACUUUCAAAACCCUUUUUUUUAAUUUGAAGUGUCUCCAAAUAACUAGGGUCAUUUGAAUGGUCAUUUAUCAGUCAUUGAAACUAUCAAAUUUUGCCCUCUCUCUUAAAGAUGUUAGUGAAGUUUUAUCCCCUCCCUCUCCCUUCAAAAAAGUAAAACCCACAUAUCAUCCUUUCCUUCCCCCUCAAAAAAUAAAAACACACAUCCCCUCCUCCCUCAGAAAAGAAAAACACAUCCCCUCGCCCUCCCCCUCAGAAAAGAAAAACACACCAAUAAAAAGGGUUAAAAAUGGGCGUGUGGAAGUAAAGGAAGCACCCAACGACACAUGGUGGUGAAAUAACCUCGCAUGGCUUAAGGUAGCUUAUAGUAUUAGAUGAAAUGACAGGCAUGAGACCCUAUAUCCCUCUGCUUGUUGGCUAUUCUUAUCAUACUUAUCUGUUUACUAUCCUGCAUGGUAGGUAUUCAAGGGAGAAGGGAGUGCUAACAGGCAAAGGGCCCCUCUUCCCUCACGCCCCCCCGCCCCUCCUUCCAUGAAUAGUUUGUUUUCACACUUUUCGGAAUGUAGUAAGCGCCAAAGGCUAACCUCUGUGGGGUUUCACCUUGAAAUAUGAUUUUUAGCCUUCCUUAGAACGAAGAAGCAGUUUUAAUUUUCAUUUUGCUGAUCUCCAGUGACUCAGGAGGGACACAUGCUUCACCGUUUAGCAAGUAGUGAGCUUAGGCAAAGACGUUUUUGAGGCUUUGAGCAAUGCACGUCAACCGGAAGUUGUCGUUUUCCAUUUUUGGACGGUGGUUUUGCCCAAUUGUUUGGACAAAUCGCCUCUAUGAUAGAAAAAACACUUAGAAAUACAAAUUUGGAAGCGUCAAAUGAAAAAGACCUCACUUCCCGUUGACGUGCAUGACGCUCAAAACCGCCUUUGGUUGAAAUACAACAGGACUCACAUCAAAUAUCAGAAACUUCACAAGGGAAGCAACUGGGCAUACGUUCUUAAUCAAAAUUCCUACUUGUGAAGUUGGUACCAGCUAUAUUUCGAACGGAUAAAUUUUAAGGAAUGUUAGUGAAAACAAAGAGGACUGAGAUAACUGGCCAACUGUUAUUUUCUGUUCACUAGAAAGCAGGUAUGGAUGUCAAGACCAUCAUGGACACAUGGACGCUUCAAAUGGGAUUCCCUGUAGUAACAAUCAAACGUGUUAACAAAACAAACAAAGGCAUAGCAAAGCAGAAACAUUUCCUCCUGGACCCUAAUGCUGUGGUUAAAGAAUCAUCACCAUUCAAGUGAGUGUCCAAUAAACAAACGUACAAUGUAAUGACAGCCUACAACAGAAGUCAUGCAUAGUUUAAUGAGCCGUUUUUGGUGUCAUCACGCUAAGCUACUCUGUUGGGAGAACCAUCCUUAUGUGGGAAGACAAAGGGUGGUUGUCUCAGUAGGAGAUUACAGAGAACUCAGGAUCAGUUUCCUGGAAAAUGCACAAAUUCCGUCUUUUUAGUUCCAAGCAGUUAAAGUUAGCAUACGUUAGUGAGCGUGAAAUAGAUAGGGAAAAACGUUGCGGGAAUCGGGUUCCAAAAUUUUCCUGGGUUUCGUCACGUACCCAAAAAAACUCUCUUCUGGUGUAAACUUUGCCUCAGAUAAACAAAUUAAGUGUUCUUAAUUUUCCUUUCGCACGUCUUCUACACUUUUUUACUUGAACAAAAAAGUACUUAAUUUGAGAGUGCGUACAGUCUGAGGACUAAACGUUGGAACUGGUUAUGCUUUUGUGAACACUAACUCAAAAACGCAGGCAGGAGGUGUUGGCAUAAAGGCCUCCUGCCACAGCUGUUCUCAAACUAUUUUCAAUAUGCCAGUAAUGUCCACAAAUACAAUACCAGAUAUGCAUCGAAACAGAAUCUUUACGUAAAAAAAGUGCGAACUAAUACGGGGAAACAAACAAUCGGAUAUGCUGCAAAUCUGGGACAAAAUUCCCAUAACUCUUAAAGAACUAAACACAUACCAAUUCCAAAAACAAUUGAAACCUUAUUUGCUGUCAGAACAACAUAGUUAACAUAACUUAAGCAUAUACUCUUUCUUUCUUAAUACCUUGUAUUUUAAAACUGCUUCUUUGGAAAUAAAUUAUAUCUCAAUUCUCUAAAACUUUAAAUUCUGGAGAACUGGCUAGAAAAUCUUAGGAUUAUUUCAGCUCCAGGCUUUAUUAAGUACAAAUAAAUAUAUAUUUUUUCUCUUUCACGUGAGUAUGUAAUUAAUUAAGUACAAGGCGAAUAAAGGUAUUGUUGUUGUUGUUGUUGUUGACUUGCCUACUUCCUCUGAAAGUGUCAUUGUAAAACGGUCGAUAUAUUUAAAAGUAAAUAUUCAAAAUCCACCCUUAACAGAACGUACAAAAUACGUGGUCUAAAACGUGUCUAAAGCUUUUAUCGCCCUUAUCUAUCGUUAAAUUUAAAAUCAGACUGUGUUCACUUAAUAUUGCAGUUACAGAUGGUACGUUCCUCUGACAUACGUUUAUGAAGGAUCAUCCCAAGAUCCCAAAACUGUUUAGAUGAACAUCUCAUCUGAUCAAGGUUUGUUAAAAGAUACAUUUGUUUUCGUGAAAUGAGUUUUGUAAUGUUUAUAACGGCUAUGUCAAUGUAGCAAUGGGCUAAUCAAGUUCCAAAUGAUUCUGUAACAAAAUCGAUCAUCAGCCCAACUUCGUUCCCACGGUUCUCUUCGGGAAACGAGUGGGAGAGAAAAUUGUAAAUGAGGCUGCCAUCAGCCUGGAGCGCCCAUCUCCCAUAUGAGGCCUGAGUCACAUUGUGUUAGGUUUUAACCUAUUAAAGCUAUUCGCCAGAAACACUUCAGCCAAUCGGAGCAGAGAAGGAUUUCCAGCACUUAUAGAUGAGACUAGCGAAUUGUCAAGUAAAAACGACGAGAUCUUUACUGGUUGAAUCUGUUGAAUAGCCUUUGAAGCUUUAGGACUAAGAAAUGGCUAUCGAGAAUAUCAUUUUCUUGUUGAUAGCUUAUAGAAGAGAUUUUUUGCGCACCACGUUUCACAGCAAAUAGCUUAACUUGCGGUAUGCCGUUCGUCGUCUGUCGUCGUCACUUUUUGUACGUCAAGAAGUUCAAGCAGCCGUUCAACGAAGUUUUGAAAGUUUUUUCAGGCACUAGGCUUUCCCUUCAUGAGUUCUUUAAACAUGCCAUUGCUAUAACCGCACAAUAAGCGAGAAAUAUUUCCGACAUCCUCCCCCCCCUCCCUUUUCAACAAUUCAGCUCUAGAAGUUUAAGAGUUCUUUAAGCUGCUAAUACUUCAACAGUUCUUCCAUUAUCGAAGAAGUAACAGAAAGGCGUGAAAAAAUGCGCUUUUCAGUGGUCGCGAAGGGUGUGUUCCAUUGGGGUGAUCCGGAUCAGGAUCAAUGAUCCGGGAUCACCCAGACAGAUCCUGACGAUUUAAAUGGAGCGAUGAAUAAUUUCCCAGGAAGGAUUCAUCGGUUCCUUUGAUGUACCAUGAUCUUGAUGAUCGGAUCAUCUCAAUGUAACGUAUCCCUAUAGAUAUAUUUCUCUAACCCCUUCCCCUACAGGGCCCCCGAUGGACCCCCAGACGUGAUGGGCUCCUAUAUCGACCCCAUUCCUUAGCCUCAAACCUCGUUUGUUUUGACACCCACCCCUCACAACUCUUUUUCUCUGACCUCAAUAGAAUACAAAGUUAAGUCGACAUACCUCUUGUCUUCAUUUACUUUAUCAUUUUUUUUUUCUACUUUUAACUCUACGUCCACAACAUUGCUGGUUUGUUUUCUUUAGUUGAGUUUACUUGGCCUAUUGAUAAAUGGAUCAAAGGAAACGUCAAACAAGUUGGGUUCUACAGAGUUCACUAUGACAAUGACAACUGGAAUGCUCUUAUUAAACAACUUAACACAGAUCAUACGGUUGGUAGUGGAUUUCUUAGCUUUUCUGUAGUAAUACAUCAACCAUACAACUACUACUGAAUUCAUUAUAGAGCGGUUUUCACUUGACUGUCGAAAGUAAUUGAGGAAUUGGUUUGGUUUUGGUUUUACUACGCUCUUUGGUUGCCUAGUGUAUUUACUUUGGUUUUGGUUUUACGACAGUCAAGUGAAAACCGCUCUAUUAUUCUGUGCUCUUAUUUGGUUAGUUAUAUAAGAAUAGAAUACAACAGUAAAAAUGAAUUGUUACUAACAAUAGAAUGUAAGUUAGAUAUCCUACAGUGUUCAAACUUUUUGUUCAUCAUACAGUAAGUCAGCUUAAAUGUGAUUCCUUUUUAACCACAAGAGUUCGUGGAUGAGUUAGAAUUAGAGUUUUGAGGUCAUGUAGGUAUUUAUGGUUGGAAUGAGUAAAGUUUGUAAGUAUAAAGAUAAUGCAUUUUGUGUUAGUGAGGCAACAAGAAAAAAAAUUAUACGGCGUCGGGGAAAAAUUCAUUGUCACAGACCAAAAUUACAUUUAAGGUAAAGGUCCUUAUAUCUUUUAACAACACAGGGUUCACACUCACCUUGAAAAUAAAAAUUCAAGACUUUGAAAGAACUUGAAAAUUGCAGUAGGUGCUGGAAAGUCCUUGAAAUUCGUUGCUAACUUUAUCCAACCCAGCAAACACAGAAAGACCUUCAGGAUACGAUUGCUCAUGUUGUGGAAGAGCUAAAAAAAAAACAUAGACUCAGGGCUCUUUUUUGAAAAGUCCUUGAAUUUUUGGUUCAAAAAAGUGUGCGAACCCUGGUAACAGUACUUAAACUGACAAACCUGAGGCUGAAGGUCCAGUCAUUUUACUCCCCCCGAGGGCUUCGUUUUACGAGUAUUUUGAAGCUACUUAUUAUAAAGCGAUACAAACUUUUAGCCAUCUUGAAAUGAACUUGCACAGUAAUUCUCAAGGAAUUGUAAUAACUCCUCUAGUGGGGUUAAUUUAACUCCAUACUGUGGAGUUAUUUUAACUCCAAAAAGGAGUUUAAAGAACUCUUUUUCAAGAGUAAAAAUCACCCCGGAUUUGAAGUUACUAUUGAGGAGUUAAAGUAACCCCAAAUUGUGACCUUAAAUUUUUACUCCAUUUUUGGAGUUAUAAUAACUCCCUAAAAAAUUACUGUGUGUAACUUGGAACUGUUUACUUACAUGACACUCUUAUGAAUAUGGAACAAAGGGCUGUCAAAAUCUGCGACUAGAAAUCAAUGUUUGGACGGUAUUCAUUGUGACUGGAUUUCACUCUAUUUUCACAGGUUUUUACUGCAGAGGACAGAUCGAGUUUAAUUGAUGAUGCCUUUAACUUGGCAAGGUUUGUUUGUAAUUUAUUCCUACUCGUGAUUCGUAACAAAUCCGCAAUCAAAUAUUAAACAUUACAAACAACUGAAAUGAAGGCGUUGGUAGUUUUGGGUAUGGAAAGAGUAACACUUUACUCCAAAUGUUUAUAUCUCCCUCACUAACGACCACCUCUCCACAAGGCCACUUUUCUUUGGCGGACAAUCUAUACAUUUACUCUUGUCCAGACCUCUCUACAACGGCCAAUUUCUUCUGUCCCCAAGGUGGCUGUUGAGGCGAAAGAGGUUCAACUGUAUGAAACUAGCCCUACCUUUAGAGGGUUACUUCAGGCAAAAUGUUUAGGAUCAUGGUGGCGUCACUCAUCGUUUUUCCCGGCUUCAUCGCUUAGGUUUCACAUGAAAAUAUCACUAGUGUUCUAUAACCAGAGUUAAAUACCAUCAACUGACGAGAUACAAAUCACCUUAACUCUGAAUAUAACACAAACUGUCAAAACGUCAGUCACUGUCAUCAACAUUCCUAUUCAAGACUUCCUCACCUGGAAGAUAAUAUACCUACUAAUGGUGUGACUCCUAGGCUCAAACCAUUCACUGUCUUACUUUGGAAACUGUUAAAUAAGUGUUGUUAGAAAUUAAUCUUGGGGCCUUUUUUGUGACAUUCCUAUCAGAGCCGGGUACUUGGACUACACCAUUGCUCUGGGUACCUUGAAGUAUUUGAGUAAAGAAUCCAAGUACGUGCCUUGGAGGACUGCACUGAACAGCUUGGGCUUCCUGGAUGACGUUCUCAGCGACAGGCGGGGAAAUGGAUACUUUCAGGUUUUACUACGUUAUUGUUUCUAAUGUUCAAACGUACAUUAUGUGAUACUUUUUGCGUUUGGAAUUCAUUGGAUAACUAGGGACAUGUGAAGAGAAGCUUCGGUUGGAAGUCGAGUGAAAAGCCGCACGUUACUAACCCUAUCAAAAUUUAAAUCUAAUUUUAGAUUCUCUCGGAAAUAAAACUGUGGAACAUUGUUCCCCAUCUGAUUUUACUUAAGGCGUAACUUUUUAGGACUAUGAAACCCGUCUUUUUUGGAAAAUUGUGAUGGUGAACAAGUCUAUUCAGUUUCAAUUCUUUUUUCUGUUGUAAAUUUAUUUUUAAUUAUAAAUCUCGGCUGAAACCAAAAACCUUCAUGCAAUCGUUUCAAUUUGUUUCUGUGUUGUAAAAUUAUUUUCAGGUCGAUUCAUAGUUACCUGUUGUAGGUCUGUUGGGGUGCGUUUCUUUACUAAAAUCCAAGAUCAGAUCAAAAAUCCGGAUGUAUCCAAAAAAUUUCGAUAAAGACGACCCACAACAUCGACGGUAUCCCGAAGAAAGAAUAACACGGCUGCUGACAGUGUCGCAAGUUUGCUGAUCUUUCGUUGUAACCUGGACGGUUAGCUUUAGGAUACUGCUUUUGACGGGCCAAAUCAAAGACGAGUCUUAAAAUAAGAAGUGUACUGUAAAAGUAAAAUCUUGUAAAACGCGCCGGUUAAGUGUGUAUCAGUUUUGACCUCGUGAACUAGAACAAUGCAGGUCCUGUUUGUAUUGCGAUUUUACCACCCCGAUAAAGCAGAUGAAAUCGAUUGUUUCAUCUAUGCCUCGGGUUCAAAAUGGCCUUAAAGAUGAGCAGCUGAUUUAUGUAUGAAAAUUGUUUCGAGUUACCGCUGGCAAUAUUCACUCUUUUCGGAUCCGUAGUGGAGAAAACGCUUCGGAUCAUAUAUCCAACGUAUCUGGUUUUGGCAAGAGACUAUAAAGGGGACAGAGAGGGCAUCCCCCAUAUACACCCUAUUCCAUAGGUAAUUCGUCUCGAGUUAUUUUUAACACCACAGAUCUCAAGGGGGAUUAGACAACAGCCAAUCACAUAGCGCGAAUGUGUUCCGCGUGGAUGACCCACGCUGAGAGCCACGCGUCCUUCACGAAAUGACGCAGAACAAAAUGGGGGAAGACGCGGAGAGCGAUUUUGCUAUUCCUUUUGUCGACGAAAACGACUACAGCGAGAUUUCUGCGAAAGCUGUGUCAGCGAAACCGAAAUUAAAAAAGAAUCGCCCUUCCUCUCUUGUAUAGAGCUAACAGUAGAGCAGGGAAAUCCUUAACACACUGAAUAUUCUCUCAGGAUCAUUUAUAAUUUACAGUUUGAAGAGAGCAAUUUCUGGUUUGAUGUUUAUUUUUUUCAGUCUUUAUAGCGAUUAUUCCUACCCACUUACUUUGUCAAUUGUAGGCGAACCCUCCUAAAGCUGAAUUUCAAGGGACCAUAUUCAAGCUCAGAAAGAGAAAUAAAAUUUCGUCGUUGCUUAUUUACGUCCUCCAUAAAACGCGAUAUUAGGCAUUUUCACGUCGUAGUCGUGCAAAAACGGGAAAGAAAUGAACAAAAAAGUGUUUUGCACGUGCAAAGUUGUUGUUUUGCUAAUUAAACCUAUUGUUUUUUUUGACGUUCUAGUUGUCGUCCGCGUCGUUGGAUCUUAAACUCCCUAAAUUGUACAAACGACCGGUUUCAAUAGACCGGCGAAAUUUCUCAUUUUAUUAAAGCACUGAAGUUACGACAACUUCGAGUUAAACCGAUUUCACGGGUUGUCAAAGAGUCCAGCGAUUCCUUUUUCCCAGGUCAGUGCCGACUCAUUUCGCUUCAAUAUUCAGGAAUGCUCUCGAUCUUUUUACGCUUUCAUUGCCUCUCGCCCGACAUGUUUUGCACGGUGUUUGGUCAUGCGAAACCUCCACGAAAUAUCCACGCCUCGCGCGAGGUAACUUUAUCCCGAUUCUAAAAAUAACUCGAGACGAAUUACCUAUGGAAUAGGGUGU